AAAUAACGGUUACUCACUCGCGCUGAGCAUCGUCUCGAGCGAGAAGCGUUUGAGAGCGGUGCGCGAGCUUGUUUAAAACGGCGCUUUAAAAAAAGGCUAAUUUGCAAGCUAACGCUCGGAGAAGGAAUAAAACAGCUGCAGCGGCCGUUGAAAGUGUUAUUUUGUCAUUUUUUUACUAUUUCUGAGGUAAAAUCGACAUUUUUCUUUAAGACUGGACCGAGGAAGUUUGGGUAUUUUGCCUCAGGAGCCCCUGCCAGCUUCACCCGGGGGCUGUUUAGAACAUAAUCCGUAAUCUGUCACCCCAAAACCGGGUGAGAGAGAGAGGGGGGCUCGGGGGGAGGAAGCUUCUCCCGUUCACCACAUUUAUAAACUAUUUUUCAGACGCUUUUUUGUCUUUUUUUCUCGCUGGUUCGUCGGGGAAGAAGUCCCCACUAAGACUCCAGAGAAUGGUAAAUGAUCGAUGGAAAAUCAUGAACAGUGUUUCAGAGCUCGAAGAUGGACAGCAGCACAAAUCCCAGAGGAUGAGCUGUAGCUACCUCCUGUGCACCAUCCUGCUCUUUGUUGCUGUUUUACUGGCUGUCACAGUGACCGGUACCAUCCUUCUGAUGAAUCACUACCAGGUGCCCUCCGGCCCUGACGCUCCUCCCAUCAUCAGCACCAAUCAGGACGAGGGCAACGCCCUGGUGACGGUGGAAAAGGGCGAUGGCUCGCGUGUUAACAUCUUCAUCGACCCCAACUGCCCCGACUACAACAACAACUUCCUGCGGCUGGAGGGGGUGCAGACGUCGCUGCUGCACUCGCUCACCGACCACGACACUGAUCUGAAGUCAGUGAAGGGUCAGGACCGGGCCCUGCUGGUCAAACUGGCUGAGGAAGUGGCCAAGCUGUCGGCCCACGCCAGCCAGCUGAAGAUGGAGUACAAUGCGCUGAGACAGGGCCAGGGGAGCAUCGGGCAGGAGAUCAGCACUCUCCAGUCAGAACAAGGCAGACUCAUCCAGCUGUUGUCGGAGAGCCAGAUCAACAUGGUGAAGGUUGUGAACUCAGUGAGCGAUGCGCUCAACUCCAUGCAGAAGGAAAACGGCAACACGAAGGGGCGCCUGAAGGCAGAUCUCCAGAGGGCUCCGAUCCGCAGCAUCCGGCCCAAAGGCUGCGCCAACGGAGAGGGCUCCCGACCAAGAGACUGCAGUGACAUCUACGCCAGCGGACAGCGGGAAGACGGGAUUUACUCUGUGUUUCCCACACACUUCCCCGCAGGCUUCCAGGUUUACUGUGACAUGACCACUGACGGAGGAGGCUGGACGGUGAUCCAGCGCAGAGAGGACGGCUCCAUAAACUUCUACAGGGACUGGGCUGCUUAUCGCGAGGGCUUUGGCAAGAUCACAGGGGAACACUGGCUCGGUUUGAAGCGGAUCAACAUCCUCACCAUUCAAGCUAACUACGAGCUGAGGAUUGACCUGGAGGACUUUGAGAACAGCACUUCCUUCGCGCAGUACGGAUCCUUCGGAGUGGGUUUGUUCUCCAUCGAUCCCGACGAGGACGGCUACCCGUUAAGCGUGGCGGACUACUCGGGCACGGCCGGAGACUCUCUGCUGAAACACAAUGGCAUGCAGUUCACCACGAAGGACAAAGACAACGAUCACUCGGAGAACAACUGUGCCUCCUUCUACCACGGCGCCUGGUGGUACCGCAACUGCCACACCUCCAACCUGAACGGACAGUACCUGCGCGGCCAGCACACGUCCUACGCCGACGGCAUCGAGUGGUCCUCCUGGACUGGGUGGCAGUACUCGCUCAAGUUCACCGAGAUGAAGAUCAGGCCCACCCGGGAGGAGAAUAAAUGAGGGGACCCGCGGGACGGACUAAACCACAGCGACCACAGAAACCACAGCAACCAUGCAACGAACCACGAGAGCGAGGAGAGCCGGCCUGUAGGUGCCGGCCUGUAGGUGUUAGAGACACUAUAAACUACGGAAAAAGUGUGAGAACUGUGUGAUGUAGUAUCUUCUAUCUUCCCCUUCCCAUUUUGCGUGGCUCUGUUUUUAAGCCCUCGUUCCUAAAAAGUUCCCGACCCUUCCUGUCCCAUCUCAUAGUGCAUAGUGUUAUAGUGCUGAAGCGCAUUAGGCAACAACCGUUUUGCUCUUGCUCUCCUGGUCAACUCUUUGAAUUGCUAUUAUUAUUAUUAUUAUGAUUAUUAUCAUUAUUAUUAUGAAAAAAAAAAGUGUUGAUAAAAAUGCAGAAAAAAAAUCCGUAGCUGUUGCAUUUAGCGAGGAUUAUGUGUAGCCUUUUUUUUAUGUUUCAGAAGACAAACGACGAGUUAAACGAAGAAUUAUCCCUCUAACCCACAGAGAUCCAGACAGAGAUCCAGGGUUGUCUUCAGGGCAGAAGAAGACAAGCCUCUGUUUCGUUUUCUUCCGUUUCUCUUUCGUUCGUUUUUUAUUCUGUCAUCGUUCUGGGUUUACGCUUUGUUAAGUAGCCGGGUGUGUCAGGUUCGCGCCGCUGUAUCCGACCCCUGCUUUGGUAACUAUGAGAUAACUGACUGCCCCAUGUCGAGUAAAAGGCGUAAUUGACCUGCAGGGAAGCAGAAAAGGAAGACAGUCGCUCCGGCGGCUCUCAGAGCGAUGGGCCCCAAUCAGAACAAUUUUUCACUCUGACAACUCAAUGGCACCAUAAAGCGUACAGCACAGCUACCGCCAGGCUUAUCGGUGGAGCGGUGAGGUGCUCCAUGGGUACAGUGCCCCUAUUCUCACAGAGCAGUUUGUUUCAUUAUGUUGUUCAGGAAUUCUCUCACACCGACCCGGGCCGGCGGUCAGGUGGUGGCGCUAUUGUAGCAUUUUAUGGAAAAAAAAAACGUUAUUUAUUUUAUAAGAAACAGCUUCAUUCUGUUCUGAUUUACAGAAAUCAUUGGUCUGAAAUAGAUGUGCUCGGGCUGCAGAUCCUGUCAGUACCAGACUCAUUUAGGACCAGUUUCUCCAGACGUUAAAUAUUAGAGCCAAUUCAUUUUAGUCCAGGCUUGGAUUAAUCUGGAUUAAUCUGUGUGUUUACUGAACCUUCCAAACGUUCACUUUCACUGUAAAGGAAAGUGUUCAUCAUCUCCAACUCUCAACUCAACAAAUCUCAAUAAUUGUAGAUUCCAUAAUCCAUAUACAUAAAUUCACCAGUUCAGAGGUGAGUGUUUCCUUCCAUUCAUUCAGCUGUUUGGAUCCAGGGGAGGGGGAGGACAGAUUAGAGCAGAUUCAGAGCAGAUUCAGAGCAGAUUCAGAGCAGUCAGAUGGGGGUUCACCAUAAAGCAGUUCAGUUCCAGAAAGUAGAGCCUGACGAAUAUGGAAAGUUUAUGGCUUAUGUCACCAAAUCAGAUUUUUUAAGAGACUAACUAAUUCAGAUAAGUGAUAAUAUCAGCUGAUAUCAAUUUUAUGGACUGCUCUUAUUAGUCAGCUCAUCAAACCAACAACCUUGUCAAAGCAACCAAGCAAAAACUGUACAAAUGUACAUAUAUUAAAUAUAUUAAUUAUAUUAACUUAUAAGAACUGUAGAUACAACUGCAGAAAUAGCCAUUAAAGAGUCACUAACCACCUUGAUUUUAGCUGAUUCCACCACCCUCUGCUCAAAGUAGUUUGGGAGGGGCACUGGGUAUGUGUGAUGUAUGGGUUUAGGAGCGGAACAGGAACAAGAGCUGAUUGGCUAAGCUGCAUAUUGUGUACCAUAAUAAGUACAAAGAAACAUCAUCCACACCUAUAGCACAGUUGAACCUGAGGUUCAGGGUUAUAUAUAGUUUAGGGUUUAGUGACUCUUUAAUAUCUGAUUCAAACGGUGUAAUCCUCAUCACUGCCAAUAUAUCUUCUACGCAUCCUUUACGUUGGCAUUACGAUGGAUGUCUAGCAUGUUUGGUUCCACUGGAGGGCAGUUCAAAGUCAAAAGUUUAUGACAUUAACACGUAACACACAUGGUGACAAUUAUAUAAAAGUGUGUACAGAGUUUUUGUAUUUUAGUGAAGCUGCACCCAAAGUUUUACACCAAAUACCAAAAAAAUUAAAGUGUGUGUUAAAGUCGAUAUCAGCCGAUAUUAAAGACAGAAGUAUUGGUCAGGCUCUACUGUAAUGUUUCCUGGGCUGGUAGGGGCGUGUGCAAUGUUUCUUAAACUCUUAAAUGCAAACUACCUAUAAUUUAUAAAUAUAUAUAAAUAUAUAAAUAAAGUCUUUAUCUCUAACAAAGCAAGUUUACAGCACAGAGCCAGUUCAUGUGUAAAUAACUCAUGAUAAACCAUAAUCAGUUUCUUAGUAAUUCACUUUUUAUGGAUUCAUGUUCAUACUUUGAUACUUGCUGAUCAACAUGAAUCAGAUUAAUAGAACUGGUUUAUACAGAAUGUGAAUCGGGAAUUGGAUCAAUUGGAAAGCUUCAGCCUGCACACACACUCACACACUCUCACACACACACACACACACACACACACACACACACAGUAUGGUGUCACAGUCUCCAAGUGUGGAAAUGUGUCCGUCUGUUCUGUUAUUUUAUCUGUUAUCUGUUAAAAUGAUGAUAUUUGAUGUUAUUGUACAAAAAAAGAAAAAUUGAUUGUUGUUUUGAGAUGGAAGGUGUCUGCACUUAAAAAAAAAAGCAAAACAAAGCAGUGUUUUCAUAGCAACGUGUCACCUUUAUAUUUUUACUGAAAAAAAAAAAAAAUGUGUAAGAAGUGAGAAUGGCACAGUUUUCCCCUCACGCUGGAAAUGAACAGCCGUCGCAAUUUUAGUGGUGUUAUUUUUGCAAAUACUGAAAGCUAAAGAGGAAAAGUGUGAUGACUCCUGGUGAAAGGCCAGUAUUUACGUGUCGAAAAGCUAACUCACUGUCAGCGGAGCUCGGAAUUACAGCACCAUGAAUAACUGUCAAUGGCCCUUCAAAAGUAAUGCACUCAGGCAAGCUGACGUUUAUUAUUUUAUUUUUUCUUUUCCACGAUUAUGUGACACAUUAACUCCCUCAAUAAGCCGAGCCCGAUGCUUCCGCCAGCAGCCAGCGCCUGAGAGAUGAAGUGAUUUUUAUAGGGGAUGAUGUCCUAUAGACGGAAAGGGUUUGACAGCUAAAAUAUUCCCCUCAGACGAGAGUGGAGGGCUUUUUGUUCCAGCAUGCAGCGACAAGGCUAAUGCCAUUACCUGCACCAUUUCACCGGCUCCACAAUGAGGGGAAAGCUUUUCACACAGCGCUCUGCGUACGUCUCCUCCUUCCCUGCUAUUCCACUGCUUAAAAAUGUCAGAGACUACUGUUCAGAAGUUUGGAAAGACUUUUUAUAACAGUUCUUUUUUACUUAUAUAUACAUAUCUGGAAAAAAUAUGUAUAUUUAUAGAUUUAUGUUUGAUUAAAAUGAACAUUAUUGUGUUAUUUCAAAUAAAAAUAUCGUCAUUUAGAGCAUUUAUUUAUUUGCAGAAAAUUAGAAAUGGCUGAAAUAACCAAAAAAAGAUGCAGAAGAUGGAUGAUCACAAGCCAUCAAACCAAACCAAGCUGAACUGCAUAAAGUUAUUCAAAAGCAGUGUGUAAGACUGGUGGAGGAGGAGAACAUGAUGCCAAGAUUAUUUCUGAACUCUUAAAAUUACUUUAUGAAUAUGAACUUGUUUUCUUUUUUUUUUUUGCAUCGUUUCUUGUUAUUUCAGCCAUUUCUCAUUUUCUGUAAAUAAAUUCUCUAAAUGAGAAUAUUUUUAUGUGGAAUUUGGGAGAAAUGUUGUCUGUAGUUUAUAGAAUAAAACAACAAUGUUCAUUUUACUCAAAUAUAAACCUAUAAAUAGCAAAAAAUCAGAGAAACAAAUUUAGAAACUGUUUUUUUUUACAGCGCUGAAUGUGUUAAAAGGGUUAAGUUAUGUAAUACUUGUAAAAAGCUGUUGGGAGUCUUGCCCAAGAGUUUUUAUAUAUAUUGGUGUAGUGUAGCAGGUAAUCAUACCAUAGUCUUUUUAGAGGUAUGUUAGGGUUGUUAUCCAUUACACUACAACAUCUAAAUGUCAUAAUGCUCUUCUCAGCUUCUGCACAGUAAAGUUGUCAGUGUUAAAUUAACAGUUUGUUUAAAUUCUACUGUGUGGAAAUCUGUAAAAGUUGUUAAUCAGUGUUUCCAAACUUUUGAACGGUGCUUUGGGUGCUUUAUUUUAAUACGAGCACAAAGAAAUACUUAUCUGAAAGGCGAAGGCCUCAGGACGCUCACUAUAAGGGGAUCUCUGAAACUGUACCUGCCUCCUGUUCACCUAUAGGCCUUGUCCACUCAUCCACUCAACCUGUAUGAGCAAAAUCCCAUCCUUCACCUUCUCCAUCUGACAGCAUCUCUCACCCUCAACCUUCUCAACCCCCUCAAAACCCUCAAAACCCCCAAAACCCUCAACACUUACAGACUCUAUGACCAAGUACAGCAGGAGGGAUUCAGAAUUCUGUAAAUGGGAAAAGAUUGAGGAUCAGAUCAGCGCUUUUCUCUCUUUUAAAGGAAAUUCAGUCUUUCAGCAUUCGGCAUGCUCCGUCCUAUACAGGCUCUCUUAUUCCAGCUGGACCUUAUUUCUCGUCUCGUAGGCCUCGCUCCAUCCUUCCUUCCUUUCUCUGUUUCUGUUUUCCCUCUUUUUCUUUUCUGUGUCUCAAUGUUCUGAGUGACAUUUAAUAAACCUUCAGAAUUUCUAAACUA